AUGAAGGAAUUCUUGUCCAAGAAGAAAAAGCUCAAUGAUAUGGAAACUAUUGCACUCACAAAAGGCUAUAGUUCUCUUUUGACAAAUAAGUUCCCUCUCAAAAUAAAAGAUCCUGGGAGCUUUACUAUCCCAUGUUCGAUUGGCAACCAUUAUUUGGGAGCUAGCAUAAACAUAAUGUCAUUAUCAACUUUCAAAAAGUUGGGAAUUGGCCACAUGAAACCUACUACAGUGGCAUUGAAACUAGCUGAUCGAUCUUUGGCUCAACCUGAAGGGAAAACUAAAGAUAUCUUAGUUCCCACCAGACGAACUCUGGUUGAUGUUUACAAAGGUGAACUAACCAUGCAACUUAAUGAUGAACACGUUACUUUCAGUGUUUUCGAAUCUAUUCAAGGCAAGGACAAAGAAGCAUGCCAUACUAUCGAUGCGCUGGAUGAUCCAAUUGAGGCAGAAUUCAAUGCCCAACACACAAUACUUUCUCAGGUGUUUGUAGUGACAUCUGACGAUGAAUUUGAAGAUAAUUGUGAUAGCAUGGUUGAAGCUAAUAAUAUUGAACUCACGCAUGGAUGGUAG